AUGAACUUUAGGAGGAUUUACCUAGUCAAGUGCUUGCUGCUUUUAUUUCCCAGUGUAAAAUGCUCUGUCACCAACUGGAUUUACAUGGCAGUGAAUGAGUCUGCUCUUCUCAGCAUCACUUCUGCUGCUGGGAGAGUAUAUGAUGCAACAUGGCUGAGAGACAGAAAAAAGUUGCUUCAGAUAAAAGAUAAGACAGUUAAGUACUAUGUGAACAAGGACCAGUGCAGGUGUAAGAUAUUCCUAAAUGGGACUCUGCAAAUAGAGCGGGUGGUGAAAGAGGACAGUGGAAAGUAUACGGUGACUGUUUAUCAGGAGGAUGGAAAAUUGAAGGCAGAAGAAGAUACAAUGUUCAUCAUUCAGGAGCCUGUCCCUCAGCCAAUUCUCAGUGGUGAAUGCAGGAAUAAAACUGUAUCUGUCACGUGUGAAGUGAAGCAGAAGACUAAAGACGAAACAUUUAUAAUAGAAUUGACUCGCAAUAAAGACAAAAACAUCCAAAACAAUGUAACAAGGUUGGAAUUGCAGACGCGGUAUUCUGGGACGUUCAGAUGUGUUGUUAAGAACCAAGUCAGCGAAAAAACAGCUGAAAAAGUAAUUAAGUGCUCAGGCCAGCUGGACCUUUAUCUCAUCUUAAGCAUAGCAGGAGGCGCAAUCUUCUUUGUCAUCUUCGUGAUUUUGCUUAUUUAUUGUAUCAGGAAGAAGAAAGCAGAAAGGCUCGAAGAUGACUGCGAGGAGCAAACGAUGCAGGCUCGCAAGGCGGACAGUGAAAUGGUGGUGCGGGAGCUCCCUCAGCCGCCAUGCAACCCUACCCCGAAGCAGCUGCGCGUGCAGCAGCGGCCGCUGCCACAGCCCCAGGUGCAGCAGCAAGCACUGCCCCCACGGCCCAGGCCCCGCACUCAGCAGCGGACUCCAAACCACCCGAGAGAAAGACCUUGA